AUGCCGCCGCCGCUCAUCACGCACCUCUACACGGCCGACCCGUCGGCUCACGUCUUCGAGGGCAAGAUCUACAUCUACCCGUCGCACGACCGCGAGUCCAACGUGGCCUUCAACGACAAUGGCGACCAGUUCGACAUGAACGACUACCACGUCUUCAGCACGCCGUCCAUCGACCCGCCGGCGCUCGUCACCGACCACGGCGUCGUGCUCAAGGUCGAGGACGUGCCCUGGGCCUCCAAGCAGCUGUGGGCGCCCGACGCCGCCGUCCGCGACGGCGUGUACUACCUCUUCUUCCCGGCCCGCGACAAGGACGGCAUCUUCCGCAUUGGCGUCGCCCGCGGCGACCGCCCGGAGGGCCCCUUCAAGGCCGACCCGGACUACAUCCCGGGCUCCUACAGCAUCGACCCGGCCGUGCUGGUCGACGACGUGGCCGUCGAGGGCGACAAGGCGCCCGCCUACCUCUACUUUGGCGGCCUCUGGGGCGGCCAGCUGCAGUGCUACCAGGGCCCCGACGGCCGCGGCGACGGCAACGCCGAGACCUACGACGCCGGCUGGCUGGGGCCCAAGGAGCCGUCCGGCGCGGGCGUCGCCGCCCUGGGCCCGCGCGUCGUGCGCCUCGCGGCCGACGACAUGGGCCGGCUGGCCGAGGCGGUGCGCGCGAUCCAGAUCCUGGCGCCCGAGACGGGCCAGCCGAUUGCCGCCGACGACCACGACCGCCGCUUCUUUGAGGCGGCCUGGAUGCACAAGCGCAACGGCCUCUACUACUUUAGCUACUCGACGGGCGACACGCACUACCUGUGCUACGCGACGGGCACGAGCCCCUACGGCCCCUUCACCUACCGCGGCCGCAUGCUCGAGCCCGUCGUCGGGUGGACAACGCACCACUCGGUGGUCGAGUUUGAGGGCCGCUGGUACCUGUUCCACCACGACUCGUCGCUGUCGGGCGGCGUGACGCACCUGCGCUCGGUCAAGGUCAAGGAGAUUUUCUACAAUGCCGCGGGCGACAUUGUCUCGGAGCCGGAGAAGUAG